AUGAAAUUAUCUCAUCUUAUUAUAUUAAAUUAUUUAUUUUUUGAUAAUUUAAAUGGUGUUCGAAGCAACAACAUAUCUCAUAAAGAAGACGAUUGUGGAGCUUCUGAACUAGCAAUAAAAAAAUUACAAGAAUUAAAAAAAUUUGAACUUGACAUUUUAAAAGAUUUUAUCAAAAAAGAUACAGAUCAUACAGAUAUGUACAAAAGAUAUCAUUGCAUAUCAAGUGACUUUUUAAAAAACACUAAACAAGAGGAUAAGAAGAAGGAUAAUUAUACAAAUAAAGAAGACAAAACAGACAUAGAGAAUUCAUCGAAUUAUAUUAUAAAUAAUAAAAAUGAAAAAACCAGUUUUAUUAAUAAAAUAAUUUCUUUUGUAGGAAUGUGGAAUUAUAAAAAAUAUGGGAACAAUAUACAAGAAUCUAAAAAUAAAAUAAAUAUAUAUAAUAAUAAUAAUAAUAAUAAUAAAACAGAAAACGAACUUUUAUACAAUAAAGAAGAUUACACAAAUCAUAUACCAACAAAUGAAAAUCCAAACUCAUAUAUGCAAUUAUCAGCUUUUAAUUUAACAAAAAAAAGUAUGUUUUUAGGAGGUAAAGAUAAUGCUAGCCAAAAUUUCGAAGUAGGGAAUUAUGGUUCUUUCUAUAUGAUAUUCGGUGCAAGAAAUACAGAUUAUCCAUGGGCUUGCUCAUGUGACACUUUACAAUUAGAAGAAUAUAAAGAGAAAAAAAGAUCAUAUGUUUUAUGUAGUAAUCAAUUAGAUAUGUCUAUACAAAACUCAGAUCUGUUUUGCAAUCCUAAAAAUGGAGCACACUAUUAUUAUUUAUCAUAUUUUAUUCUAUUCUUUCUAUUUAUCGCAUAUAUAUAA